GCCUCUGGACUUUGAAAAUAAAGAGAAAUAAUAUGGUUAAUUUGUAAAUUAUUCUGAUCCGUCUCGAAAACACAAACUGUACUGAAUAUAUUUUUGUAACAUACUUGUACUUUGUGUAGGAGCUAUCAACAAGGCAAACGGAGGGGGAGGGGCAAUAACUGAAAAAGCCAUAUCACCUAUAUCUGUUUACUAGUUUGAGGGAUGGUCAACUUAUUACCAGUGAACAUUGACCAUGCAGAUCAUUUAAAUAAAUAAUCGUUUUCCGACCGUCAUGCAAUUCGAGACUGAUUGAAAGCAACAUUCGUGCCUGCAUAACAUUGUGAUUAAAAGUGUUGCUGUAGCACGUACGCAUUGCCUCUCUUUGGAUCUAACCUGUACUUUCGCAGAACAAACAAGAUACAUGUAUAUAUAUAUUUAUCUUAGGAUUGUAAAUACGGCAAGAAAGCAUGCCAUGUACUCGUAUAUAUUGCAUUGCUUUCUGUAAAGCCAAGAUCCAACGUUUACGAUAUUGAAGACGAAAUUUCUAUUUUCUGAACUUGAUUGUCGAUGGAUCUUGAAUUAUAGUGACUCUUGCCAUUUUCUUUCUAAUCACGGUCGAAAUGGAGAAUGGAUUUCACGUCACUUCAACUGACAGGGCCGAGAACACUCGGGCACAGGGCAAGAAGCUCUUUACUCCGGGUCCUCUGUGUGUCAGUCUAACAACCAAAGAAGCCAUGCUUCAAGAUCUAGGCUCAAGAGACCAUACAUUCAUCAACAUUCUCCAGUCAGUACGAGACAGUUUACUUCAAAUUGCAGGUGUGUCAAAAGAAACACAUACUUGCGUGCUCAUGCAAGGCAGUGGUACAUUCAGCAUAGAGGCCGCUCUUACAACAAGUAUUCCUCGGGAAAAUCCUCGAGUUCUACUUCUGGUCAAUGGCGCAUAUGGUCUGCGCAUGGCCAAGGCCGUCAGCCUUCUCGGGAUUCCCGAGACCAGCUUGGAAGUGAUGACCUUUCCCGAAGAUCAGAGAGUGGAUCCCUUCCGGGUGGAGGAGAGGCUGAAGGACGAUAGAGGAUGGACGAAUGUUGGAAUCGUUCACAGUGAAACAACCUCAGGAGUGAUAAACCCCAUUGGUGCUGUUGGAAAUCUCGUCAAACAGUGUUGUCCGAAUGCAGCCUACAUCGUUGAUGCCAUGAGUAGCUUUGGAGCAAUACCGAUCGAGUUUGAAGCUUCUGGUAUUGACUUCUUGGUAAGUUCUGCCAACAAGUGCCUAGAGGGCGUCCCAGGCUUUGGAUUCACCAUCGCCAAAAUCGAGACACUGAAGAAGUGCCAAGGUAACUCAAGAAGUCUAAGUCUGGACCUCUAUGACCAAUGGCAAGGAUUGGAAAAGAACUGCCAGUUUCGAUUCACUCCUCCCACCCAUACCAUCCUGGCCUUCCACCAGGCUCUCAAAGAACUUGACGCCGAAGGAGGGGUCGUGGCAAGAGCGAAAAGAUACAAGGAGAAUCGUCGAAUCUUGCGGGAGGGGAUGAAGGGGUUUGGCUUUCGAGAGUUUUUGGAUAAUACUCACGAGGGUUACAUCAUCACAUCCUUCUACUAUCCGGAUCAUCCCAACUUUGAUUUCACCCAGAUGUACGAGCGGCUCAGCCAAUUUGGUUUGGUCAUCUACCCUGGUAAAGUGACGAAAGCAAAAUGUUUUCGUAUUGGAAACAUCGGCCAUCUUUUCCCCGAUGACAUGCGCCUUCUGCUAUCUGGUAUCCGUCAAGUAUUCGGGGACAUGGGGAUACCACUGCCCCUUAAUGAUGUCACCAUUGGCUGACUAACCUACACCAUGUAGCAGGUUAUUCAGAAAAUGCAUUUGCACAGCAUCAUGAACGUAAUGGUGAAUGAUUUUUAAUCAAGACAUCUGCCAAGCAAGAGAUUAAGAGCUGCGUUACAUCACAGGUCCAUGGUUACAGGGGUGGGGCAGGGGGGUGCGAUUGCCCCUACGAAUUGCCCAGCAUAUACCCCCGAAAGAAUAUUGUCAAACGAUCCUUAAAAGUUUGAGAAAUCAACUCAAGGGUUAUUGCAAUAUAAUGGUCAGGUGGACACAAUAUCCUGCCAUGUCGGUGUUUCAUUCCCUACCGGUUUUAUCACACAGUAAAAGCGGCAAACUGUAUCGAAAACGAUAAACAUCGUCAUCAACCAACUCUCGAAACCCUUGUUCGCCACCUAUUGAAAUGAGUGAACAAUGAUAAUGGCAUGAUACAUAAUCUGAACAUGAUUUCUUGAUAGCUGUGCGAUCGUACAUGUAACAUUUCAAAAAAAUUGAUGUGUGAAUUAUAUACAUUUUUGAGCGGGAGACGUACAAAAAGAGGAAAAAUUUGGAAGGUAUAUAAUACCGUUCAUAUUUUUCAAGACGUUUAAUCCAAAAUUGGUAGGAGGUUUAUAAAAAUGUUAUUAUCUGGAUAUUAGAGACUAUAACGUCAAAUGAUUCAUAAUUCCACACAGUAGUACGCCUUCUUAAACAGGAGUAUGUUUGAUAUCUUAUUGAAUUUGUAUUUGUCACAGUUGUUCGCCCGAAAUGCUUUUCCAUUAAUUUGUACAGUUAUGUACUUCUAUUAUUGUGGCACUAAAAUGAAUAUGUGAACUAUAAAAUGAGCUUACGAGUGAAACUGAAAUGAAAGGAAAAUUACCAUGUAACAACGUCACGUGACUAUGAUCGACGUUGUGUGUAAUAUGAAGAGAGUAAAUGUGAGGGUCGAGUUACUGUACCCAUCAUAAAGUGCACUACAUUUCGACUCAUAUUGAGUUUCUAUCGGCACUAAUGUUAGUGUGGUUUAAAAUAUAAUAUAAUAAUAAUAUUUAGCUUUUAUAUAUCGCUUAUCACAAAUGUCUCUAAGCGCUUUACAAAUAUAUGGCCCCCUUAAAUCUAGCCAUCAUUACUGCAUAUAUGAAGUAUGGUAGUUCUAACUCACAUUGAGUUGACAUUUCGAAAAUCAGGCGUAUCCUAUAGUAAGUGAUUUUAAGAAAUAUCAUUAUUGUUUUUCUUCUUUUCGUUCUUGUUUUUUAUUUUUAUUUUUACAAGUAUUUGAAUACACCAAGAAGCAUAAAAACACUUGUGUACGACAGUGAUUAGUGUGCAAUUUAUUGUUCGUUACGGGUGUAAUUGUUUCAAUUAGAAUUUGAUGUAACUUUUUUAUCUAUUGUAAAACUAUGUCACUAUCUUCAAUAGAGAUUCUUAUAUACACAUAAGAUUAUAUACACCAUAAACUUUACCCACAUUAAUGGCAGCAUGAUUGUGUAUGUGUCGAGAGAUAACCUUGAUGGUUUUUAAUGAAUGCGAUAUUGAUUUGAACUGAACCCCCGAAACCAAGAAAGAGUGUUCUGUUGAUCUCAAUCCGCAAUUAUUUUCAUUUUUAAUUGAACGUCUUCGUAUGCGUCUUCAUAUUUUGCAAACAAAGUCUCUUAAAUAUAUAUAAUCUCGCUU